UGGUUGCUGCUCGAAUCAGUGGGAGGAAGAUGGCGGCGCUCAUCCCCCUCAGCCAGCAGUUUUCUACUGGGAAUCCAUUAUAUGAAACGUACUACAAACAGGUAGAUCCAACGUACACAGGGAGAGUAGGGGCAAGUGAAGCUGCACUGUUUCUUAAAAAAUCUGGUCUAUCUGAUAUCAUCCUUGGAAAAAUAUGGGAUUUGGCUGAUCCAGAGGGUAAAGGAUACUUGGAUAAGCAGGGUUUCUACGUUGCGUUGCGCCUUGUAGCAUGUGCGCAGAAUGGUCAUGACGUUAACCUGAGCAGUCUGAACUUGACUGUGCCACCUCCUAAAUUUCAUGAUACUAGCAGUCCUUUGCUGAUCACACCACCUUCAACAGAGACUCACUGGGCUGUUAGGGUGGAAGAAAAAGCAAAGUUUGAUGGUAUUUUUGAAAGCCUUUUGCCAGUAAAUGGUUUACUUUCAGGAGACAAAGUAAAACCAGUACUGAUGAAUUCAAAGCUACCUCUUGAUAUCCUAGGAAGGGUCUGGGAUCUCAGUGAUAUAGAUAAAGAUGGUCACUUGGACAAGGACGAAUUUGCUGUGGCAAUGCAUUUGGUUUAUAGAGCCCUUGAGAAAGAGCCAGUUCCUUCACUAUUACCCCCUUCUCUCAUACCACCUUCUAAAAGAAAGAAGAUGUCUGUCUUUCCUGGUGCAGUUCCUGUUCUCCCUGCAAGUCCUCCACCAAAAGAUAGCCUCCGUUCUACCCCUUCUCAUGGUAGUGUCAACAGUCUAAACAGCACAGGGAGUUUGUCUCCCAAGCACAGCAUCAAGCAAGCACAGCCCUCUGUGAACUGGGUGGUACCCGUAUCUGAAAAAGUGCGAUAUGAUGACAUUUUCUUAAAAACAGACACAGACAUGGAUGGGUUUGUGAGUGGACAGGAAGUAAAGGACAUUUUUAUGCAUUCAGGUCUGUCUCAGAAUCUCCUAGCACAUAUAUGGGCUUUGGCAGACACAAGACAGAUGGGAAAGCUGAGCAAAGAUCAGUUUGCACUAGCAAUGUAUCUCAUUCAGCAGAAGGUCAGUAAAGGGAUUGAUCCUCCACAAGUGUUGUCUCCAGAUAUGAUCCCUCCCACAGAGAGAAACACUCCAAUACAGGAUAGUUCAAGUUCUGUUGGAUCAGGAGAAUUUACAGGGGUGAAAGAACUGGAUGACAUUAGCCAAGAAAUUGCACAGCUGCAGAGAGAAAAAUAUUCGUUGGAGCAGGACAUUAGGGAAAGGGAAGAAUCAAUCAGACAGAAAACCAAUGAAGUUCAGGAACUGCAAAAUGAUUUAGAUAGGGAGACAAGUAACUUGCAAGAGCUAGAGGCUCAGAAACAAGAUGCCCAAGACCGCUUGGAUGAAAUGGACCAGCAGAAAGCCAAACUGAAAGAUAUGCUGAAUGAUGUGAGGCAGAAAUGCCAGGAAGAAACACAGGUGAUUUCAUCACUAAAAAUGCAGAUUCAAUCUCAGGAAUCCGACUUAAAAUUACAGGAAGAUGACCUUAACAGAGCAAAAGCAGAGCUGAAUCGCCUCCAGCAAGAAGAGACUCAGCUAGAGCAGAGUAUCCAGGCUGGAAAAGUGCAGCUUGAAACAAUAAUAAAAUCUUUAAAGUCAACACAGGAUGAAAUAAACCAGGCAAGAAGUAAACUUUCUCAGCUUCAAGAGAGCCAUCAAGAAGUCAAUAAGAGUAUAGAAGAAUGUAACGAAGCUCUCAAUGGGAUUCAUGGUGGUAGUCUGACAAACUUAGCAGACAUAAGUGAAGGCCUUGGGCAGACAGAAAGAAGCAAUUACGGAGCUAUGGACGAUCCUUUUAAGAAUAAAGCCUUGAUGUUUACCAAUAAUACACAGGAGUUGCGUACAGACCCAUUCCAGUCAGAGGAUCCUUUCAAAUCUGACCCAUUUAAGGGAGCAGACCCUUUCAAAGGCAGUGACCCAUUCCAGCAUGAUCCUUUUGCAGAACAGCCACCUGCUGCAGCAGACCCAUUUGGAGGUGAUCCAUUUAAGGAAAGUGACCUAUUUCAUACUUCUGCCCCUGAGGAUUUCUUCAAGAAACCAGGGAAGAGUGACCCAUUUACCUCAGAUCCAUUCACAAAACCCCUUGCUUUACCCUCCAAGCCUGACCCUUUUGAAAGCAGUGAUCCUUUUACGCCUUCCAGUGUCUCUUCAAAAGGUCCAGAUCCAUUUGGAACACUGGAUCCCUUUGGCAGUGGUGCUUUCAGUGGUGGUGAGGGAUUUGCAGACUUCAGGCAGAUGUCAGAGUCAGUAACUUCAGACCCCUUUGCUGCCUCUUUUGGAGGGAUGGGAUUUCCAGAUGACCCUUUCAAAAGGAAAUCAGACAUGCCAGCUUUGCCACCGAAGAAAAAUGUCCCUCCACGACCCAAGCCACCCAGUGGUAAAAGUACUCCUGUAAGCCACCUUGGGUCUUCAGAUUUUCCCAAGCCCCAUGAUCCAUUCCAGCCAUUUGGGGCUGACAGCAGUGACCCGUUUGAAAGUAAAAAGGGGUUUGGGGACCCAUUUAGUGGAAAAGAUCCAUUUGCUCCCUCCUCUUCAAGUAAAACUUCUAGAGACUCUUCCUUGGGGUUUGCAGACUUCAGCUCUUUUGGAAAUGAAGAGCAGCAGCUGGCGUGGGCAAAGCGUGAGAGUGAAAAAGCAGAGCAAGAAAGACUAGCUCGGUUGCGGAGACAAGAACAAGAAGACCUUGAGUUGGCUAUUGCACUCAGUAAGGCUGAUAUGCCAAACUCUUAAGUAGAGGUUCUUUGACUCCACCCUGUCCAAGUGAAACCUUUAAACGUGGCUUUUAUAAAAAUACUAAACUCUUGGGUUAUGUCGUGAAAAUAAUUUUAGUCACCUUCAACUCUAAACAAGGCUGGCUGGUUACAUCAAACUAGGCUCCGUGUGGCUUUCCAAGUGCAUAGUAUGCAGGAAACACUGUAUAAGCUGUGUUGUGUGUUUUGGAUACAAUUUACUGCUUGUAAGAAAUUUAACAUAUGAUCCUAAGAUACUGAAAGCAAAUUUCUUUAUCUGGAAGAGUGUUGCAUAUAGGAAAGUGCAGCUUGUGAACCUGGCUUUUUCUUACCCGAAUUCUAUUGGGGUUUUCUGAGGCUGCAGUUUGAAUUUCAAAGAAAAUGUCAUAAAAAUAGAAUGUUUAUAGAAUUACAUGUUACAUUCAUUUAAUAGUUCAUGGUAGGCUAAUCAGUACAUCAUCUGCAUCAUCUGUGACAAAGCCUUCAGCAUAAAUUAAUUAUUAGAUGGUUCCUUUUCACCCAGGAGGUGUGGCUUUUGCAGAAGAAUCUGGUGGUUUAUAGGUGAUCAAUGCAAACAUAGUGAACAGCACAAAACAGUAGGAAUUUGAAGUCUCUGCAAAUGAGAAGUUCUAAUUUUAACUUUAGUUUUAACAAUUCUGAUGAUGUCCAAGAGGGAUUCAAUUCAGUUAUAGUAAAUUGGGCAAAUCAUUUGGCAAUUAAUUCAUUAGGUAAAGUCUUGCAAAUCUGAUUACAGUGAUACAGGUUUGAGUGCUGCUUUCCUCUAAAAUCUAGCAGUGGAAAACUUACUACGCUUGAGCUGUGUUCAUCCCUACAACUCGUUUUACCCUCUUUAGCUCCAGCCACCAGAGCACA